AUGGCACCAUCCCAACAGGAAGCACAGUUCUACCAAACUGUCCAACAAGCCAAGAAGGUCUUCGAUGAUUCAGUUUCCGUGCCUUCAACCACACCCAGCUCCCCCGAGCUCUCCUCAGACAGUUCUCGAGCCAGCAUUACUAGCAUUGAGACUCCCUCAUCACCACUUUCUCCUUCCACAGUCGCCGACUCCUUCGUCUUUGCUUUUGACAUUGAUGGCGUUCUCGUCCGUGGCGGCAAGGCCAUCCCCGAGGCUAUUCAAGCAAUGAAGGUGCUCAACGGUGAAAAUGAAUUCGGUAUCCAUGUACCUCACAUCUUCCUCACCAAUGGAGGCGGCAAAACCGAAGAGGAACGUUGCGGCGAUCUCUCACGCCAACUUCUCCAGGAUAUCAAGCCUGGCCAGUUCAUCUGUGGUCAUACUCCUAUGCGAGAGAUGGCUGAGAAAUACGGCACUGUCCUUGUGGUCGGCGGCGAAGGCGAAAAGUGUCGCGAAGUUGCCGAAGGCUAUGGUUUCAAGGACGUCGUCACCCCUGGCGAUAUCAUCAAGCAUGACUCUGCUACCACUCCCUUCCGAAAGCUCACCGCUGAGGAGCAUGCCAACUCCCGUGCCCGAGACUUUGACGAGGUCGUUAUUGACGCCGUCUUCGUCUUUGCGGACUCCCGCGAUUGGGCAGGAGAUAUCCAGAUCAUGCUUGACCUUGCCAUGUCAAAGGGUGGACGCCUGUCAUCUCGCAGCGAGACUUUUGACGAAGGCCCUCCAUUCUACUUCUCCCACAAUGACGUUGUCUGGUCUGCCGCCCAUGAGCAUGUUCGUCUUGGCAUGGGUGCCCUCCGCCGCAUGUUUGAGGUUACCUUCAACGACCUCACCCAGGGUAAGGGCAAGCUCAACACACACGCUUUUGGCAAGCCUCAGGUUCCUACCUUUGAGUUUGCUUCCCGCCUCAUGAGCCAGUGGCGCCAUAGCCAGCACGGUAUUUCUGAAGCUCCUCAGACCGUCUACUUUGUUGGCGACACUCCCGAGAGCGACAUUCGUGGCACCAACGCCGUCAACAAGAAGGCUGAAAACGACUGGUACAGCAUUCUUGUCAAGACUGGUGUUUACCAAGAGGGUACCGAGCCCGCCUACAAACCCCGUGUCACCGUGGACAAUGUCCUUGAUGCUGUCAACCACGGAAUCCAGCGAGAGAUGCGCAAGAAGCUAGCUACUUCGCUGAAGCAGAGCAUCGAGCAAGUCAACACUGAGGCUGCUAUCGUUGACACCGAGGCCGACCCUAUUGUCGUAUGA